AUGUCGACCCCCCGCACCUUUUCCUCCUUCAUCUGCAAAUCAUGCCGUCAACGCCUCCUCCCCUCCACCAGACGCCACAUCCAAACCACUCCCCUCCUCCGCGCCGACCCUCCUUCAGCCACCGACGCCGCCAUAGCCAGCCUAGCAUCCCCCAACAACCGGGCCAACACCUCCGAGCCCCGUCGCGGUAGAGGAGCAAACAACACCCCUACCCCAUACGACAGCAGCAGCAGCAACAACACCAACCGCAGCAGCUUCGCCCCAGGAAACCUCUUCAACCUCCUCGACCCCGAACCCACCAGCUCCCUCGUCUCCGAUUUCGCCUCCCGCAACCUCAACACCACAAACCCAUCCAACAAACCCCAUCGUCUCCACGUCUACGCCACAAAACACAACACCCAUCUCACCCUCGUCCAACCCCCGACCCCGGCCUCCCAGACAACCUCGUCCGUCACCUCCUCCACCUCAGCCUCGGCCUCGGACGCCAAGAAAAUGGUCGAUGUCCUCAUGUCCGUCUCAGCAGGUAAUAUCGGCUUCCGGAAGGCGGGGAGGGGAAGUUAUGAUGCAGCGUACCAACUGGGUGCUUUUCUGCUUAAACAGGUGCAGGAACGCGGGAUCAAGGUGGAGAAGUUGGAGGUUGUGCUCAGGGGCUUUGGGGCGGGGAGGGAGGCGGUCACGAAGGCUUUGUUGGGGAGUGAGGGGAGGUAUUUGAGGGGUAGGGUGGUGGGGGUGGUUGAUGCGACGCGGUUGAAGUUGGGGGGGCCGAGGAGUAAGAAGCCGAGGAGGUUGGGUUGA